GUUGUGAAAGGUAAAAACAGGAGAAGGAGGAAGAGGGAGAGAGAAAAGUUGGACAGUCUAAAGGUUAAGACUAACAGGAGGGGAGAGGUAUGAGGGGACAUCAUAUAAAGUCUUUCUUCUCUUUCAUGAUCACUCUCCUCGGUUUGGGGACCCUGAUAACCACUCUCAUCUGGUACAAGUUGGACAGCAAUCAUGAGGAACCUCACCGACCACCUCCUCAAAAGAAACAUGCCCCAAAGCUGUCAGAAAUUUGCAAAGGCUGCAAGGAAAUCAUUGACAAAGUACAUCAGCGUUACAAUCAAACCUGGAAGAAGAACGAGAAAAAUUACUUAAAAUUCAGAGACAAUCUGAGAGUUAAUUGCAAUGGCUUUGACAACGCCAUUAUUACUCAGAACAAUACUCCUCUAGGAUCGAAUAUUGUUUACAGUGGGGAAAGGAAGAGGACUCUUCAGGUGAAAUGGGACUAUUUUGACUUGUUCUCAAAGGAGAAUCCUUUCUCAAAUAAGAAAUGGGACACUUGUUCGGUUGUUGGGAAUGGUGGGAUCCUGUCUGAGAGCAGCUGUGGAAAAAUGAUUGAUUCAGCUGACUUUGUUAUCAGGUGCAACUUACCUCCUUUGGAAAAUGGAUACGAGAAAGAUGUUGGCAUCAAAACUAGCCUUGUGACAGCAAACCCAACCAUCUUCUUUAAUAAGUAUGGCUCGCUGGCUGGACGUCGCCUUCCAUUUGUGGAGAGUCUUCGCAAGUACGGCAACUCUCUGCUGCUCCUUCCUGCCUUCUCUUUUGGCAUGAGUACUGCUGUGUGUCAGCGAGUUGCAUAUACAAUACAAGACUUUAAAAGCCCUAUUCAACCUGUUUUCUUCAACCCUCAGUACCUUGAUAGCCUGGCUCAAUUCUGGCGCUCUGAAGGCCUGAAAGAAGUGCGGCUGAGCACUGGAUUAAUUAUGGUUAGCAUGGCCCUGGAAUUGUGUGAAAAUGUGCAUCUGUAUGGAUUCUGGCCCUUUAGUAAUCACCCAUAUGGCCUCUAUAAUCUGACUAACCACUACUUUGAUGACGUACCGCCUCAAGCAAUUGUCCACUCAAUGCCGGCUGAGUUUGAUCGCUUGUUGCAGCUUCACACUGAAGGGGUACUCAGGCUUCACCUAGGAGACUGUAAAUCAGAUGAAAAUAUUUCCCAGGGAUAGACAACAGCACAGAAGCAAAGCACAGAAGCAAGUACCUCUGAUAGCCUCAGGAUGAAACCAGUAAACUUUUUGCCUUUGUAAGGCCAUUGCGCUGUACAUUUUUGUACUUUACCAGAAAUAUCUCUCACCCUGUAUUCUGAAAUACCUCUGUUACAUGAAGAUCCAUCCAUCCAUCCAUCCAUCCAUCCAUCCAAUCUCUUGAUUUUUAGACAGAAAACUCCAAUGCACUUAAUAUAAGGACUAUUUUGACAUUUUGUCAAAAAAUGUAACCAUGAAAAGUACUUUCAUACCUUAUGAAGAUGAAUGUAUAGUGCCUGAGAAAAUCAGACAAAUGUUGUAGUUCUGUGAUAUCAGUUUUGCACUUUUGCACUAAGUGAGAUUCAUGCUUCUGUGUUAACUCUGCACCACAGGUACUGUACAGCAUAACUUCAAACCUCCCUAAUACCCAGUGCCAUAAUUCAGUAACUUGACCUGCACUUCCAUAGAAAUGUAAUUACACACUGAGUGGAUGCAACCUACAAUGACUGUGAUUGGCCCGAUCAGUGCUGUCACUUCCUAAGCAUUUCCAGCUACUUCUUUUACUGCUGCCAUUUUCUAAAUUGACCGGCAGGGAAUGGAUGAACUUGAAGAGAGAAACUUGCUGACCACUUGUGUCUCCUGGUCUCUGUAUAGAUUCAGUGCUCAAGUACAAAUUACACAUUAUUUUCAUUAAUAUUUCUGGAUGUGAUUCAGGCAAGAGGCAGUGGAUUGUGUCCAUUUAUCUUUGUAUUGGUCCUUCAUAAAAACAACUUUUAAAAUCCCACUCCCGCUGAAUUUCUGACCAUUACUGCUCGCUGCCAUGUUUUUCACUUUUGCCCAGUACACAGUAUUUCUGUCCAACCCCACACUAGGUUUAUUCAAAUUCAGCAAAAAUCUCACAGCACUGAUAGCUCUUUGGCCUUGAUUGGUCUGUUGCAAUGUUGAUCAUGGACCAACAUUUUUAUGAUGGUCCAGGAACAACACAGGCAUGUGGAUAUCAAAUACAUGUGUUGUCAGG